AAAUUUCAAGCACCACUGCAGGUCUAUACAAAGUAACUUUACUUAAAAUUUUCAUUUUUAUAUGAAGUGAAAGUGCUCUGUACCUCCCAGUUCCUGCCCAGCCUCUCUUUAUCAACUUGCAAAUGUAUGUUUUAGUCACUUAUGGGUUCCUUGUUGCAUCCCUAGCACUCCCUAAAUGCUUUACACUUUAUAUGUUUAUAUAAGAGAAGAACGUUUCGUAAUGGGUUAAUACCUUAAUUUUUUUGGUCUUCAGCCAUGAAAGCUGUUGCGAAAGUAAACAAAAAAAAAAAAAAAAUAGAUCAGAGUACAUCUGCAAAGAAGACACACUGAGCCCGGUAUUAAAGAACAGCUUAUUUAAUCUUCUCUGACCCUGUUACCAUGUCUCGUGUCAUAAAAAAAAUAAGCCUCAUCUGUUUAAUGAUCAUUUGCGUUUCAUUUUUCUUUUUCGGUGUUUUCUUUGAACGCCCAAAAAAUGUUGUAAAGGAUCAGAGUCCUGUAAAGAAUCAGCCUACCUUUGUCUGGGGACAUGAGACAUUAAAUGUUUCAUUAUCUGAAAAAAGCACAAUAAAGGUCAAUGAGGCCACACAAAAGAAGGCACAGAAAAAUGACUUACCAACAGUAAAAAAAUCCAUAAAAAACAAUGAAGACAAAUUGUGGAAUAAGCAGCUGACUUCCAAUGACCUUAUUUGGAGACUACAGAGACAGAGGACACAUUACCAAGGACUGAACAGAUACAAGGUGAAAUUCCUGGGCACAAUCAACCAGCAGCAUAGCCCACAUGACCUUCUGUGCCAGCUUAAACAAAGGGUGAACAUGACAACACUGAAGACUUCUGACCUGCCUGAGAAUGUUAGUUCCUGGAGUCAGUAUCUACCCAAUAAGGACAUUCAUGAGGCAGUGGGGAAACUAAAGCGGUGUGCUGUAGUGUCUUCAGCAGCAUCUAUGAAAGGUUCAAAGCUCGGAGAAGAGAUAGACUCCCAUGAUGCUGUUCUUAGGUUUAAUGCUGCACCUACUAAAGGGUAUGAGACUGAUGUGGGAUCGAAAACUACAUUCCGUCUGAUAAAUUCACAGAUUGUUACCCAGAAAGAGUUUAAAUUUCUAGAAAACUCCAUAUAUAAAGAUGUGGUAUUGAUCUUGUGGGAUCCAGCCCCGUACAAAGCUGAUGUAUAUCAGUGGUUUAAAAAGCCAGAAUAUAAAUUUGGUGAACCGUAUCAGAAAUAUCAAGUUGCGAACCCCGGCCAGCUGUUUUAUAUCAUGAAGCCACAAUCUCUGUGGCAGAUUUGGAACAUAAUUCAGGAGAACGCACCAGAACGAAUCCAUCCAAAUCCUCCAUCAUCUGGGACAAUUGGGAUCCUAUGGAUGAUGAAUAUUUGCGAUGAAGUAAAUGUGUAUGAAUUUCUGCCAUCUUCACGUCAGUCGGACCAGUGUUAUUAUUUCCGGAAAUAUUCUGACACAGCUUGUACGUACGGAGCCUACCAUCCACUUAUAUAUGAGAAAAACUUGAUAGGAAAACUCAACCAGGGACCAGAGGAUGAUAUCUACAAGAAGGGGAAAAUAACCUUGCCUGGACUUAAAAAUAUAGAGUGCUCGAUGGGAUAACAGAUAACAGAAAAUAAAGACUGUCAUGACUUUAAUCUCAAUCAUAACCAUGAGAACACUGGAGAGUAUUGGUUGUGCCGACUACCAGAGUCCUUACAAGGAAUAUUCUUGCUAUGUCUCAAGUGAAGGGACUUACAUUUUAUUUAUUUCCAGAUGCUCAUAAAGCACCAGCUUAUUCCGCAGCGCUGUACAAAGAUUAUCACCACCCACAACAGACUGUAACUUAUUUAUUUAAAUGUACUUGUAUUUAAGAAAAAAAUCAUUAUUUAUAUUUUAUUGAAAAUGGUGAGAAUGGUAGGAUGGGGUGCAUGAAGAAUUUAGUCAUAUAGGAUUCAUGUAAUUCAUAUGUGGCACACACUUGCAUAGACUGUUGAUACACAUGCACUCUUGCUAAACACAAUGGGGGCCCAUAAUCAAAUUUCAUUUUCUUUUAAGGCUGGGUUCACACUACGUUUUUCAACUACGGUUCCCGCAUACGUUUUCUAUCAAAAUCCGUAUGGGGAAAAAACUGAUGGAACAGUAUGGGAAAAAGUAAACCGUAUACGUUUUUAAACAGUAUACUGUUUUUAAAAGUGCAUACUGUUCCGUCCGUUUUUAUAAAAAAAAAAAAAACACAUAAGUUUUUGAAAAUUCUGUCCAUUUUUAAUGGGAG